CACACCCACAACCAACAACGGCUCAACCGACAACGACGACAGCCCCACCUAGGCCACCUCGACUCUCACUGGACAUAGCACACAAAGCGGUCCCAAGGGACCACAUAGUGACGCUCCCCAAAUGUCCAAGCCACCAGUCGCACCACCACCACAAGGCGGGCCGUCGCCGCUACCGCACCAGGUCAACCCCGUGGUCCGGGACCUGGCCGCGACGCCAACGCCUGUGCCCUCGUCGCCUCCAGCUUCAGAGUCCUUCUUCUCCGAGAUUGACGGCACAGCGGCAAGCGUGCUCGAGACAUCGUACGGCGACAUCACCUGGGAGCCCCCGGCAGAUGCGAGCUCGUUAAACAUUGUGUCAUGGAAGCUAGACGUCGAUGCGCAUGUCGACGACGGUAUCGACAGGCGCGGCUUCAAUGCCAUCUCGACUGUCCUCGCCCACCCGACCAAGAAGGCCAACCCGCUGCGAGCAUCGCGCAAGGCGCUCCCACCACUCGCCCAACCGCCACCAAUUCUGCCCAAGCCUUAUCCGCGAUCACACUAUGACCCGUACCUCCAGACGAUCACCCCGCUCUACGAGUCGUUCCUCACCGCACAGCAGACGGCGUCGAUGGCCGCGGCUGCCGAGUCGCAGGGCCCGUUCGACCUCGACCUCGUGGCCAAGAAGGUUGCCAAGGCCGACCUGCCAUCCCUGGACGAUAUCCCCGAGACCUUCUUUGAAACCAGCUUUGAUCUCGCCAACCCGGUCACUUGGGCACAGGUCAUGGAGACUGGUGGCUCGUCAUCAAAGGCAUCAAGAGACGACGCGGUGCAGGAGUCGCUAUCGACAUAUCUGGACAACUUGGAGAGCCACCUGGUGCAUGAGAUCACACUGCGUUCAUCUGCCUUCUUCUCAGCGCUCUCAAAUCUGCAGGACCUCAACUCGGAGUCAUCAUCCUGUUUGACACGCAUCGCCGACCUUAAAACGUCGCUUGGUGAAGUCGGUGGGGAGCAGGCCCGCAAAGGUCUCGAAAUAAUCGACGCACAGACGAGGCUGCGGUCUUUGAGGAUUACCGAACACGGCAUCAAACGCGUCGCGGAGCUCGACGAUAUUCUUCGCAUCGCCAAGGACUUGGCCGACCACGGCGACUGGUUCGGUGCUCUGGGAUACGUCGAGGACGUUGGUCGCUGGUGGGACCGAAACGGUGCAACAAUAGCAAAGCCGGAGGAGGAGGGCGAGCAGCCAGCGCCAUCGUCCUCAACAUUACCAUUGACGACGUUACCGGCCUUCGCCAACCUUCCCAUUGCCAUUACGGCCCUCAUGUCCAACAUUGCUUCGCAGUUGGACGCUGCUCUGGGAACAGUGCUCCUCGCGUUGCUAUCAGAAGCGGACAAGGGCGAGGAGUUUGAUGCCGACAACCUGCGCGCCAAAAUAGGCCCUAUGCUCGGCGGUUUGUUACGAUGCGGAAGGAUCGACACAUUGGCUGGGGUCUGGAGGACGGCCGUUACCACUGCCAUUCGGGAGGGAGGCCGACAGCACCUUCCAGUAUCGAAUGCCGAGGAGGACGCAGACGGUGCCGGGGACGGGCGCGGCCACAGCCUCGCAGAGUCCUUGCAAGCUAUGAGCCACGUUCAGUUCCUGGAUGUCGCCAGGAAGAUGUACGGCUCAAUGCUGUCGCGUCUGAAUCUCGUUCAGAAGAUUGGCGACGAGAUGGCCGCCAUUCUGGAGGAGAACAACUCCAUCACACCACUAUCCAUCGCGCAUAGCUCAGGCCCUAACGCCGUGCUCAAGUCUCCUGAGGCAUCACCGUUUGAACCUGCCGACGUCCUCGGUGCCGCCUGCGAGCUGGCCAACACGCGUUCAUCCAAGAUCUUGUCUGUGCGCUCCGAGCAGAACGCGUCAUUACCCAUCGAGCAAUUCGUCGAGAUCUUUAGCGAGAGCUGGGAAUUCGUCGUCGCCACGGAGACCAUGGCCAAGCGCAUGAUCGUGUCACUCCGCGGUGUCGCCGCCCAGCAGGCAAGACAGUUCCUCAUGACAUACCAUGGCCAGCGACUUACCAAGUCGGCCAAGUUUGUUGAGGAUGAGACGUGGGUGCAGGUCGACAUUCCUCCAGCUACACAGCACGCUGUCAACCUCUUCAUCGAGGCUGCCGUCAGCGACCCACCAGAGUGCUUUGUGCCCCCACGCCAGGCCCCCAACGGCACAGCGAAUGGCGACACUCCCAAGGCCAAUGCCAAGGUCGUGCAGAUUGAGGACAAGCCGUACUUUGCUGUCAAGGCGACGUCGGAAUCACUGCAACUUCUCGCCGAGUAUCUCAGCGUUGUGGUCAACCUCGACCUGGUGUGCACGGAUGUUAUGGCGCGCAUCAUUGAGUUCCUCAAGUCGUUCAACUCCAGAACGUGUCAAGUUGUGCUGGGUGCCGGUGCCAUGCGGUCCGCAGGCUUGAAGAACAUUACAGCAAAGCAUCUUGCCCUUGCAUCCCAAUCACUAUCCAUCAUUAUUGCUCUCAUCCCUUACAUCCGCGAGUUCAUUCGGCGCCACCUGAACCCCAAACAGGCCGUCAUGCUCAUCGAAUUCGACAAGCUCAAGCGCGACUACCAGGAGCACCAGAAUGAGAUCCACGCCAAGCUGGUCGCGAUCAUGGCCGACCGGUUGGCUGUGCACUGCGGCGAGCUCCGCGAGAUCGACUGGGAGGCGACGCCUGCGCGUGACGGACCCCGCCAAUACGCCCUCAUGCUCACAAAGGAGACACAAACGCUGCAUAAGGUACUGUCCAAGUACCUGUCGCAGGCGACCGUGGAAGGUGUCAUGUCGCAAGUUCUGGCUGCGAGCGUCCACCGCUUGAGCGAGGAGUACGGCAAGGUCGAGUUCAAGUCGGAAGAGGCCAAGAAGCGCAUGGCGAUGGACGCCGCAUACAUCAACGCCAAGCUCGGUCCGCUCUCCGAAGCCGGCACCGCCGUCGCAUCACUGGAAACUCUCGUCAAGGACAAGGCAACACCGCGAAAGGUGACGAUGCGUGGCUUGCUACGCCGCAACGGCUCGUCAAACAACGACUCGUCAACAGGCGCAGGAGCACCAGCAGACGACGGUACGGAGGCGGGCGAGGAUGUUGACGAGGAUGGGGAUAUCCUAACAGAGGCAGUGCCGAGUGGUGACCACGACAGCAAGGAGGAAGACGCAAAUGGGGGUGCUGCGGGCCGGGCGAGUGAGGAGAAACAGGCCGAGUUGACGCAGAGUGCUGAGGGUAAAGAGGAAAAGGUUGAGAAGGACGAGGCGCCGAAGACGCCAGAGAAGAGCAAGGUGCCACUGCCCGAAGGCGAGAAGUAUUCCGAGUGGUCGACGCGAUCGCCGGCCAUGUCUCCCGUCAGGUCACCCGAGCGGGUGCAGCGGGUACUCUCGCCGGAGCCCCCGUCAAAGUCGCCUGAGCCGCCAGCCAAGUCUCCCGACCUGCCACCCAAGUCUCCCGAACCGGCACUCAAGAGCCCCACGCCGCCAGAGAAGGACCUCCCUGCGGCUGCCUCAGACCCGCUUUCGUCGGCCGCCCCGGCACCACCAUCACCGACCAAGCCUGCGCCGCCAUCACCAACCAAAGCUUCCCCACCACCUGUAUCUGCCGAGGACCCAAGACCGAUGCCGCCCAACAAGCCCAAGCCACGGAUGUCGCUCGAGGCGAGGCUUAAGGCCAAGCUCGCGGCCCAGGCGGCGAGCGCCAAGCCUGACAAGCCGCGCGCGUCGAGCGAGAGCGCCGAGCGGGUGUCCGUGGACUCUGUGCCAGAGAGAGUGUCUGUGGAUGUGGCGAAGCCUGCCGAUGCGGACAAGCCUGCCGCUGCGGAACCACCUGCCGACAAGCCUCAUGAGGACACUGCCAAGGACGCUCCUACCCCCGAGGCGGCCAAGGACGCUGCGAUUACAACACCACCGACUACAUCACCCAACGACGUUACGGAGACUGUCGACUCCGCCGCCGCCGCCGCCUCCCCUACCACCACACCAUCGCCGCCACCAAAAGACGACACCGCCAUUGUACCAUCCAUACCGGAGGCGAAAGAUACUCCCGAGUAGUAUACCAAUCUAUGCAUAAGGUAGUAGUUAGA